UAUCUGUUUUAAUUUUUUAUUUUCAAAUUGUUUUAUUUUCUCUCUCUAUCUCUAAACUUAUCUUCCAUUCCUGUAAGUCUAACUCACAGUAUUUCUGAUACAAACUCUUAGUCUACACUCUCUACUUUCACUUCCCCAUUCCUUUGAGGUCUCAACUGUCAACUUUUUUUUUUAUUUAAUUUCUCUAGAAAUAUAUAUAUAUAUAUAUAUAUAUAUAGAGUGUAUCCGGAUCAUAGGAAAUUAUUAAAAAUGGAUAUUGACCUACUAAAAUCAACACCAGAUGAGCAAAUUGAAAUGAUGAUGAUGACUAUGCACAUGGAUAAGCCAUCAGUUUCCGAGAUCAGUUGCGGUGGUGGUGAUGGUGGUGGUGGGCCCUACAUAGAGGCUUCGAUGAUUUCAUUUCCCGGUGGAGGUGGGCCCUACAACUUACCAAACUCACCCCAUCAACAACAACAAACAAUAUCAUUCAACAAUAAUAACAAUAAUAAUAUUACAUGUUUGCCUGCUAAUUCUUACCCAUGUUACACUGAUAAUAGUAAUAAUAGUAUUGAAUCUAAUGCUACAACAAGCUCAAAACAAACAUCAAUGGCGGCAAUGAGGGAGAUGAUAUUCAGAAUUGCAGCUAUGCAACCGAUUUACAUAGACCCGGAAGCAAUAAAACCACCCAAAAGGCGUAAUGUUCGGAUAUCCAAAGACCCGCAAAGUGUAGCAGCUAGGCAUAGAAGAGAAAGAAUCAGUGAACGAAUCCGGAUCCUACAAAGACUUGUACCCGGUGGUACUAAAAUGGAUACUGCUUCAAUGUUAGAUGAAGCUAUCCAUUAUGUUAAGUUCUUGAAAACCCAGGUGCAAUCCCUUGAACGUGCUGCUAUUAACAAUAAUAGGCCGCCAAUAUCUGCUGGGUUAGGUUUUCCUGCUUAUUUUCCGGGUACCGGUACGGGUCCAGGUAUGGGUAAACCUAACCCGUAUUCUCUUGGUCAUGUUUCUUCUCAAGUUCAGCAGUUUUCAGAUGCCUAGAGUUAAUUAAUUAUAGUUAUUUUUAAUUAUUAAUUAUAGUUUACAUUGACUUUUUUUUUUUAAUAAUGUUAUCAUGUGUUUAAUGUUGUGGUGAUGCAUUAUUGGUGCGUUUUGUUGAGAUUUAAGAAUUAAUUACUUGCGGAAUUAAUUGUAUUGGAGAAAGGGUGUAAAGUGAGAGAGUUGUAAAGGAACUGUUCCAUUGGAAAUUCAAGAAAAAAAAAGGUAAAAUAAUGUAUGUUGAUCUUUAUAAAAAUUAAUUGAAAUGUAUGCAAGACAUAAUAAGUACAAUGUGUGUAAUGGUUAUAAUAUGUACAAUGUGUUUAUGCAAGGAAUAAUUAGGUUUUGUUUAUUUGAUUACAUGCAUGUUACAAUAAUAAUAAGGAGUAUGCGGUAUUUAUAUGGUUGAUGAUUACUUUUUGUUCUUA